UCUGCCCUCUCACUACUCCUCUCCCAUCGUGCUGUGCACCCCUAUACAUCAAAAUGGGCAAGCUCGUCCCUCCUCCGCCCAGCUAUCGUGACGACCCUGAAGCAGUGUCGCUUCACACAACACCAGACGACUAUGCCUACACUGACCUUCCAGAACCCUCUGGCCUGCCUCCCUCCUACAGCGACAGCGAAGCCAGCAACCAUGUUCCCGCCUCAGCGAUUCCCAUCCGCCAUGUGGCGCCACCGUCGACGCGAACAAACCACGACCGCCCCAGCUUCAAGUUGGGCAAGCCCUGCGUAGUCGAGACAGUCGAUGUCAUGGAGCCCACCUACGACACCGACCCAGACCAACUCGAAGAGGCAAUCCGCGCCUACGCCAACUCGGCCCCCGUUCCCCUCAUCUACAUAAUGGGCACGCACAAGGAAACAGUCCGCAAAAACGACAACAAGAGAGACACGCACCACGUAACAGACUUCCGCAUCGUAAUCAACCUCCAACACUACCUCCACCCAAACUUCGACCCCUCCGACACCUCCCCAAUGUCCCUCGUCACCGUCCCCAACGGCGAAAAAACCCACCGCGGCACCAUCCUCGCCCACCGCGCCCCCGGCGUAAAAAGCGACCUAGAAAUCGGCACCAAACCCGCACCUUCGCUCACCGAAUGGUGCCACCGCUACUGCGCCUCCCCCCGCAUGCUCCGCAUCUUCCGGCUGCGCCGCCAAAUCACCGGCCUCGAAGAAACGCAGCUCAGAAACCGGAUCAUCGGGCUGCUCCGCUCCACCAACUACCGGGGCAACAUCAGCGUCACGUUCCCCGUCGAAGAAGCAAACAUUGACAUCUACACCUCGAACCGCAUCAAUACGCUCCGUCUAAAAACGUGGGUCUGCUGGCUCUUCUACCUGUCUUUUCUCUGGAUCUUCUCGUGGCCAUUCUUGUUCUUUGCCACGAGAAGGUACGCCGUUAUUAGGGCCGAGUGGCCGUUUUCGACGACGGAUGAGCGCGGCGUGAAGAGGUAUACGACGGUGAGCGAGGAGCAGUGGUUUGAGACGUGGAAGGUGGCGGUUCGCCGGUUGGCUCUGGAGCGGUUUCAGGGAGAGGCGACUGAGGAGAUGAUGAGGCGGGUUAUGGCGAGAGAUGAGGAUCCGCAGAUGCCGGGGUCGCUGACGGGGCAUGCGGGCGCGGACGGGGCCUUGAGUGUGUUGAGUGAGGGGUUGAGGGUUACGAGGUUGAUGCAAGGGGGUUGCGAGGUCAACUUGAGUUUUGGGAGAGCGAGGAAUGUGCAUGGUGGUGGGUGGGGAUACGAUUGUUAACCGUGUGUGUAUGAGGAGUUUUUUUUUCUCCCAUACCGUCCCGGUUUUUCAUUUAAGCGUUCUAAUCUUUCCGACUUGUUGUUUGAAUCAUUUCCAACAAUCUUUUUAUUCACGCCCA